AUGAUCAUAGCACAUACAAAACGUGAGGCCCUGGCUUCGGUUAUUGCAUCCCGUUAUCCUUUUGUAAUAUCUUACUCCAUAGGAUCCAAAUUCCGGGUGGUAAAAAUACAGCUGAACAGAAACUCUCAAAAUACCCUGGCCAUUUUGGAUAAACUGGACAUCGACAGCGAGAAGCCUUCAGAAGAAGAAAUCGCCAGGCUUUUUGGUUACGAAGAAGCUUACUUUUCUGGAGAACUUGGAUUCUGGCAACGACUCAAGCCAAAAGUCUGGGCGUUGUUUGAUGAACCUUCAAGUUCACCAGCUGCAAAGGUGAUAUCUGUCAUAUCAGUCUUCUUCAUCUGCAUAUCAGUGCUCUGCUUCUGCUUGAAGACCCAUCCUGAUCUUCGAGUGACGAUGCCUACGAUAGCGCCGCCAGAAAGUAAACCCUUAGACAAUUCUACGAUACUAGAGACUCUCCUUUGGCUCGAUAACGGAAAGCCACAUAUAGCUUUCUUCUACAUCGAGUUAGUCUGCAACGUGUGGUUCACAAUUGAACUACUCAUCAGAUCUGUGGUAGCACCGAACAUAAUAGAAUUCGUGAAGUCUCCAGUAAAUAUCAUAGAUUUUAUAGCGACGUUGAGUUUUUACAUGGAUGUCGUGGUAGAGCUAACAAUAGUUAGACAGUACGUUGAUAAAGCAGAGAUCUUGGAGUUUAUCUCUAUCAUCAAGAUCCUGAGGCUGUUCAAGCUGACCAGACACAGUCCAGGGCUGAAGAUCUUGGUGCACACCUUCAAGGCGUCAGCAAAGGAACUGACGCUGUUAGUGUUUUUUCUGGUCCUCGGAAUCGUGAUCUUCGCGAGCUUGGUGUACUACGCUGAGAAAUCGCAGGAUAACCCAGAGAACCAGUUUAAAUCUAUACCCCUCGGUCUUUGGUGGGCGAUCGUCACGAUGACCACUGUCGGGUAUGGAGAUAUGGCGCCCAAGACUUACCUCGGGAUGUUUGUGGGCGCUCUCUGCGCCUUGGCUGGAGUGCUCACUAUCGCGCUGCCCGUUCCCGUGAUAGUAUCCAACUUCUCCAUGUUCUACUCGCAUACUCAGGCGCGGUCAAAGCUUCCUAAGAAACGGAGGCGAGUGCUACCAGUUGAACAGCCUCGAAGGAAACGCGACGCCAGCGCCUCCAAUCGACGCGUCAAUGCUGUAAAACACCCGGUCGUAAUUAAGGAGUUUUCGCCGGGAGCUAAUAAAUUUGGUGUGAAUGGAAUGAACAUGAUCAGUCUGGCUCUGCAGGGUCCACCAAACCUCCUGCGGCCGCCUUCAACCCAGCCCCUCCAAGCUAGGGCUCCUAUUGUUGAAAGUCCUAUCAUUCACACACAAUCGGGGGCGAUAUCUUUGGCGUCUCUGCAACCGCCUCUCCUGACCGCACCGCCCCUGCAACCACGCCCUGCAACCACCGGCUCCUUAGACCUCAUGCUGCCGCUACAACCGAAACUACUUCCAGGCUACAACCUGCAGUCUUCGUAUCUCUCGAACACACUCUCGACAGUUCGACCGCCAGAUUUCGAUAAAGAAAAAGAGUUCAAACCGAAAGUAGAGAUAAUAGUUGAAAAAGUAGAGUCGAUCGAUAGUGACAGUAGAGACAGUGAAAAUAAUUGUGUCGAUAGUGUUUGUAAGGACGAAGUCAAUAAUGUUAUUGAUAGUAGAACGACGAAUAAUUACAGAGAUAACGAGAAUAGUCCUAAUAAUAACUGCUAA